GGUCAUGUGACUGGGGAAGAGGGCGGAGGGGACCCGGAAUUACUCAGUGCUUUGCGCUGUAUAGUAGGCUAAUUGGUGUUAUGGGUCCAGUGUUUGUACACGUUACAUGCUUCUAUUGGUAUACUGGCUUGGUACACUGUGCUGGUAAUGACAGGCGAAUGCUCUAGGCCUCCACACAUCGUUCCAUGGUUACAGCAGGUUUGGCGUUGCUGGGGACCAUUUCUGAAGGGCCUGGUUAUAUGGACAGCAGGAUACCUGAGUGACUGGAGGUUAUCUGGCAGCUCCGUGUGCCUGCCAUUGCUUCUGCAUUGGUGUGUAUUACCAGUAUUGGCUGUAGCAGAAGGAAAAAGUCAGGCAAAAUUUUCCAGUGCCGGUGGAAAUCCCUCUGGGAACGAGUCAGACGGGAUCUAACGGAGGAGGAGAAAGCAGCAAGUAGUGGAGCGCCAGUCCCUGCCAAAAAACGCCACAUCUACCACAACCAUUUGGCCUUCUUGUGCCAAGUCAUGAUUAAUGGCAACAGAGUAUUUUUUUUUUUCCCAUCAUAUAUUUUCCUAUGUGCAUUGCUUUGCAGGCGGUUUAAAUUUUACAGGGAUAUUGUUUAACUUUUAAAAUGUUAUUCUUUGCAGGACAACAUCUAACAUUGCUCAGCGAAGGGAGGAGGCUGUGGAAGAGCCAUAGGUGGACAGACCCACCAGUGCCACGGAGAGCACUGGCCAUGCAUCACCCCAUGACAUUAGUGUGGCAAGUGUCACAGAUGAGGUAACUGUCAUGUCUGCCUGACUAUCUACAUGCCAAUCUAAACAUUUUCGUUUUUUGCAGGAAUUCAGGGACUUGGUGUUUUCAGCUGUCAGCCAAGAACAUGGGGAGGUGCGCGGUCAUGUCAGUGUUCAUGGGCGCAAUCAGCGUCAGAGGAGGGGUGGCUGCAAUAUUGAGAAUGAGGACAGGAUGCUAGCAUUGCUGCAGGAAGUGCGGCACGAGAGGUGCAGUGUGGAUGCAUUCUUGGAUCCCAGCAACCCAUGCGCCUGCUUCUGUCACACCUUAUCUCACAUCCUGGAGGACAUUGGGGGAGACCAGGAGAAGCAGUGUAUGAAUCGCUUAUAUGGUAUUGCUAUGCAAUACAGACAUGCCAAAUUAAGUGGUGGGCCACCACCAUGUGAUCCAUUUAAUGCUUCUCAGAAUCCCCCAAUGACCGCCUGGGACCUCAGCAGCGCUAGCACCCCCCUCUCAAUAUCCGCCUCCUCCGCAUCGCCUAUCCCGUCCCGGACCUCAUUUUACCCCCCCCCCCCCCCCCACACACACACACACACUCCUACAGUGAAUUUCCACCUUCCACCUCCCAUUUUCAUCAGGAUCGAACGCCUUCCUCAUAUUUUCAAACCCUGCUACCAGCAUGAGUUUGGGCCUGAUGGUGAUCAAGCAUCCCCCUUCACCUAUCACCAGUUGUGAUGAACCCUGUUCAUUUAUUUUUGAAAAGUAAAUGUGUGUUAAAAAUAAUUUUUUGUUCUAUAUGAUGCACAACAGCACUCAUUUGCAGUCUGCCUGGGGCAAGCAUAUGCUAAGCCCAAAAAGGACAGAAAGCGGAGCUAAUUAAUGAAAUGUCAUCAUUUUAUUUUACACAUAAUCAU